AUGGCUUGUCAAAACCGAUUACCAACUCAAGAUCGCAUUAGUCAGUGGAAGUAUGAACCUCCGGAUUUGAAUUCUUUUGGUUGUUUGGAUAAACGGGUGGCUAGUUUAAAAACGGAGCUUGAAGUUGCUCAAUUGGCUUGCGAUCUAGACCCUUUUAAUGAUUUGCUGAAGGAGGACAUUGCUCACCUCCUGUUAGCAUAUCAACAAGCUAGAAAUGAUCAAAUGGAAAUGAUUCGACAAAAAGCAAAGAUUUCUUGGCUAAAUGAAGGUGAUGGUAAUUCAAAGUUCUUCUUUCAUGCUAUGAGAGAAAAACGUCAUAGGAGUCAUAUUGCUACUAUUGUUGAUGCUGCUGGUACGGUUUUCGUUAAUCAAGAUGUGCCUAAAGCCUUUCUUACGCAUUUUGAAGAUAUUUUGGGUAUGUCUAAUAGUUUGGUUAAUCCGUCUAUGGAAGAUUGUUCAUUUGUUCGCUCAUUAUCGGUAUCAGAAUCUUUGCACUUAAUCAGACCUAUUACGGACAUGGAGAUUCAGACUGUGCUGUUUGAUAUUGGGAAUGACAAGGCUCCUGGUCCUGAUGGGUUUUCGUCAAAGUUUUUUAAAGCAGCUUGGAAUGUGGUUGGGAGGGAUGAGAAUAUUGCGGUACAUAAUUUUUUCUACUCUGGAACUUUAGAAUACCAGUUGAAUCAUACUCUUCUUUGCUUAAUUCCAAAGGUUCCCAAUGCUUCUUGUGUUACUGAUUUUAGACCUAUAGCAUGCUGUAAUGUUUUGCUGAAAUGUAUCAGUAAAAUUAUUGCUGAUAGGAUGAAAGGUUCUUUGGAUUUUCUUAUUAGCAAGGCGCAAUCUGCUUUCAUUCCUGGUCGUCAGAUAACUGACAAUAUUCUAAUGGCUCAUGAGCUUGUAGCUGGCUAUCAAAAAUAUCAGGGGGAACCAAAAUGUGCUUUUAAGAUUGAUAUUCGGGAUGCAAUUUCAGUUGAAGUUCUAAAACGUGCUCUCCAUUUGUUUGAAGAACGAUCGGGUUUGUCUCCAAGUCUUGCUAAAAGUAAAGUCUUCUUUGGGAAUGUAGGGAUGGAUGUUCAGAAUAUCAUUCGACACAGUCUUCCUUUUCGUCCGGGGGUUUUUCCUAUUCACUACCUUGGAGUGCCUCUCUCUCCUAUUCGGUUAAAGGUGCGUGAUUUUAACCCUCUUGUGCUCAAACUUAAAUCACGUUUGAUGAAUUGGAAAAAUAAAUUUCUUUCUUAUGGGGGAAGAAGACAGCUCAUCAUCUCUGUGCUUCAAUCUAUGCAAACCUAUUGGAUGUCGGUAUUUCUUGUGCCGGCAACCACUAUUCAUGAGAUUGAGCAGCUAUUCCGUAAUUUCUUAUGGAAUAAAAUGGAGGGUGCUAUGGGUAAAUGUCGAGUUUCUUGGGAUAGGAUUUGUCUUCCUAUUCAACAUGGUGGUCUUGGUUUGAAACGAUUAGCACUCUGGAAUCGGUGUUUACUGUUUAAACAUAUUUGGGAUAUUCUUUCUCAUAGGAAUACUAUGUGGGUAUCCUGGAUCCAGUCUUAUUGUAUUCGAGGCAGGAAUUUUUGGAUUAUAAAGAAAAGGAAUGAAUGGUCGUGGCUUCUUCGAAACCUUUUGGAGUUGAGACCUCACUGCAGAAGAUUCUUUAUCUGUAAUGUGGGUAAUGGUAUAUCCACUCAUGCUUGGGAAGAUACGUGGAGUGAGUCGGGUCCCCUUAUCCAUUUGCUCACUUACAGAUUCAUUAAUGGUCAURGGUUUCACAAUAAUUCUACAGUGUAUGAUCUAAUGCAACGGUUUGGUACUACUUGGCYAGAGGAUUGGAUUCAGCUGUAUCCCCAAUUGCAAAGUGUUUUGAUCCCACUCCCUACUCAACUUGAGGAUACGGUCCAAUGGCUUGAUGCUAACCAUCAAUGGAAAGCAUUUGAAGUCAAAGUGGCUUGGCAUAAAUUACAAGAAGCAAGGCUAAAGGUGCAUUGGUAUAAGGUUGUAUGGAAUAAAGCCUACAUUCCAAAACAUGCUCUGUGUAUGUGGAUGGCUUGUCAAAACAGAUUACCAACUCAAGAUCGCAUCAGUCAAUGGAAACAUGAACCUUCGGACUUGAAAUGUGUUUUCUGUAAUCUUGUGCUUGAAACGCAUAAUCAUUUAUUUUUUGAAUGCAACUACUCGAAUAGUAUAUGGGAGGUCAUUCAGAAGGAAGUUGGGAUAACAAAUUGUCCGAACAAAUGGGAGGACAUUCUUCACAGGGGCUUAUCUCAAGGGUGGAAGUCAUGGUCCACGGUUCAAAAGAUUGGUAUAUCUACUACGGUAUACCACAUAUGGCGGGAAAGGAACAAAUUUUUUUUUGAUAAGUAUAAUCAAGCUGGAGAGAAAGUGGUGGCUGAGAUCAAGAGUCAGAUUCUUCAAAGAAUGGCGUGGAAGGCUAGACAAAAACUCAUACCUCUCAGUGAUGCGUGA